AUGGCUGAAUGGGCGAGGAAGAAAGGGGAGAAAGAGAUAAAGGCGAUAAAGAGGGUUACAGAGGAUAUUUUAAACAAGGUAGUUGUAGAGCGGGCAAAGGAAUUGGUAGUUGAAGAGAAAGGCAAAUUGAGCAAGAGGCAGAGGAGGAAAGAGAGGGAGAGCAAGAAAAAGGAGGAGGAAGAGCAAAAGGAGAAAGAGGAGGAAGAGCGAAAGGAGGAAGAGGAGAGAAACAGAGUAAGGAAAGUGGAGAAAGAAAAGCGGAGGAGGAGAGAAGAGGAGGCGGCGAGACGAGCGGCAGAUCGCGCAAUGAAAAAUGAGGAGAUGGAGGAGGAGAGGGAGGAAGAAUUCGAAGUGGAACAGCAGGAGGACGAUCGGGAGAAAGACGUAGAAGUUCCUGUCAGCGAUGUCAGCUGGGAAGUUGUUCGACUGGGGCUGAGGGACAAGUGCAAGGACUGGGUAACUGGCCGCCGGCUGAGCGACAAGACUACGGCUAGCCAUUCAACGGCGGUCAAGGCGUUCAAGCCAAAUGGUAUCAGCAGGGACACGCUUACAGCGCUGGAGACGAUUGGGUCGGAUGGAGCACUGGUAGACAUCAUGCUACUGAGACUGAAAUCUGAAACAGUCCAGGUCUACCUGUGCUCCUUGUGGAAUUUUGUAGAGUUCCUGUCUGGGUCCUUCAAGUGGCUUGCUUGA